UGUUCUCCCUGGUAACCGAAUCCAGUCAGAGCGGAGACGUUAGCGCUCAUAUUCGUUUCAGCUGUGGUGAGUCCGUCGCAGGACGCAUAAUUGACAGACAUGGACAUGUCUGGGAACUCCCAUAAGAAACAGAAACUGAGCAACGUGCCUGAAAACUGGGGGAUGCAGAGGGCAACCAACGUCACCUAUCAGGCCCAUCACGUGAGCCGAAACAAACGUGGGCAGGCCGUCGGCACGAGAGGAGGAUUCCGUGGUUGCACCGUGUGGCUUACGGGCCUGUCUGGCGCAGGGAAGACGACAGUCAGCAUGGCACUGGAAGAGCACCUGGUGUGUCACGGGAUCCCGUGCUACACAUUGGAUGGGGACAAUAUCCGACAGGGCCUGAACAAGAACCUGGGCUUCAGUCCGGAAGACCGUGAGGAGAACAUCCGACGCAUUGCCGAGGUGGCCAAGCUGUUCGCUGACGCCGGCCUGGUGUGCAUCGCGAGCUUCAUCUCACCGUACAGCAGGGACCGCCUGAAUGCCAGGAAGAUCCACGAGGCAGCAGGUCUGCCCUUCUUUGAGGUGUUUGUGGACGCACCGCUGGACGUAUGUGAGCAGAGAGACGUGAAGGGCCUGUACAAGCGCGCUAGAGCCGGCGAGAUCAGAGGGUUCACAGGGAUCGACUCUGAGUACGAGAAGCCCGAGUCACCAGAGCUGGUGCUGAAGACAGACUCGUGCAGCGUGAAUGAAUGCAUCCAACAGCUACUGGACCUCCUGCAGGAGAGGGACAUCGUACCUGUUGACGCUUCGUAUGAGGUCAAGGAGCUUUAUGUGCCUGAGAACAAGCUCGACUUGGCCAAGGCGGACGCGGAGACCCUGCCUGCUGUCGAAAUUGGCAAGGUGGACAUGCAGUGGGUCCAGGUGCUGGCUGAGGGUUGGGCCACGCCACUCAAUGGCUUUAUGAGAGAGCGGGAGUACCUGCAGUGUCUGCAUUUCGACUGCCUGCUGGACGGAGGGGUUAUUAACAUGUCUGUGCCGGUGGUCCUGCCCGUCUCGACCGCAGACAAGGCGCGUCUAGACGGCUGCACGGCGUUGGCGUUGGCCUACGGAGGCCAGCGGGUGGCCAUCCUGCGGAACCCAGAGUUCUACGAACAUCGCAAGGAAGAGCGUUGUGCGAGGCAGUGGGGCACCACCUGCAGGGAGCACCCCUACAUCAAGAUGGUAAUGGAGAGUGGCGACUGGCUGGUGGGAGGGGACUUGCAGGUUUUGGAGCGAAUCUACUGGAAUGAUGGUCUGGAUGCGUACCGUCUCUCCCCCACGGAGCUCCGACACAAGUUCAAAGAGCUGAAUGCAGACGCCGUGUUUGCAUUCCAGCUGCGGAACCCCGUCCACAACGGGCAUGCGUUGCUGAUGCAGGACACGCAGCGGCGCCUGGUGGAGCGGGGCUACCGCCGCCCCGUGCUGCUGCUGCACCCGCUGGGCGGCUGGACCAAGGAUGACGAUGUGCCGCUGGGCUGGCGCAUGCGUCAGCACGCCGCCGUGCUGGAGGAGGGUGUGCUAGAGCCUGCCUCCACCAUCGUGGCCAUCUUCCCCUCGCCCAUGAUGUACGCCGGCCCCACUGAGGUGCAGUGGCAUUGCCGAGCUCGCAUGGUUGCAGGAGUAAAUUUUUACAUCGUGGGCCGAGACCCAGCCGGCAUGCCCCACCCAGCUACGGGUACAGACCUGUAUGAGCCCAGUCACGGAGCCAAAGUGCUCAGCAUGGCUCCCGGACUCAUUUCCCUGGAGGUGGUACCUUUCAAAGUGGCAGCCUACAACAAGGUUAAGAAGGCCAUGGACUUCUAUGACCCCAAAAACCACCAGGACUACGACUUCAUCUCAGGCACGCGCAUGAGGAAGAUGGCCAGAGAGGGCCAGAACCCUCCGGACGGCUUCAUGGCGCCCAAAGCCUGGGCGGUGCUUAAGGAGUAUUACAAGUCUCUGGAGAAGGAGUAAGGCACGGCGCGGAGGAGGAGCUUGGCUGGCGGAUGUUUGGGUUCCGGUAAAGCAACAAAGAAAAAACAAACAAACAAAAAAAGCCCCAAGAGGAACAGCAAGUGGGUGAAGAGACAGUGGUUGAAACUGGGACCACUCGGCUGAAAUAAAUAAUGAUGCUAAAAUAAAAAAAAAAACAUACAAAAAAAUCAGUUUUGCUGCAAGUUGUGUAUGGAAUUGUCUUGUUUUGUAACGCGUACACCUCUGGCUCAUAGUUAGUGUCUCUCUUUGAACUUUUCAGUCUUGAGAGGUUGCUUAUGUACUGUAUUUUUAACUCAAGUUGAUUCCAAGAGGCAAAUUUAUAUCAAGUUUUAAAAGUGGUUUAGCCGCAGCAUAGUGCAGGGCAUCUUGGCCCUGGUGGGUUGUCUGUCCUGCUCAGGCUGUUUAACGCUGCAGCCAGGACGAGCACUUGCUGAAGGAGAGGAGACCUGCCAAAGAGAAUUAAACCUGUCAGUAAUUCUAACUAUGCUGUCACACUGUCAACCAAUGCAUUUUAUCAUUGUACUGUGACUUGUCACAAAUCUCCCUAAUUUUCACAAAUACUGUGACUAAAUUUACUGCUGUUAUAAGAAGUCUAUCUUUUAAUUUUUUUUUGUAUUUUUAAAUCUGAGUCAGCAUUUCGUUAUAACCACAGUAAGAAACAUUAGUCUCUUCUAGCUAGUAAGAAAUGACUAUCAAAUGUUUAGAAGAAAAUCAGUCAGCCAAAAGUGAUUGCUAAUAGGAUGCCCUUUAAUAUCGUUUCUUGAAAUUGGGCCAAGUUGCCUUAAUUACAAAACGUAUGAAAGGGUUGGACAAACCAGGCUGAGACAUGUGCCUGGACUUGGACAGCUGGUUGCCCAUCAUUCAAACCUCAGAUCAGUACCUGUGUGUCCCUUGCAUCAUGGGAGUACCAAACCUUUCUCUGUGUGGUCCAAGCCUAAGUGGAGUGGAAGUGUGUCUAAUGAUCUGAACUCAAACCUUGAGGUCCAUCAGCUCAAUUCAGAUGACCAACAAAUCUUUACCCAGAUUACCAAUAUUACAGAUCUGUUACAUUACAGAUCAGCCUGUUACAUUUAUCUGUUAAAUAAGUGCAGUUUUUAAUUCUUUUUAUUUGGCUUGUGUAUAGAGUUUUGACACACUGGUGUUAUUCCUGGUUAAACCAUAGAUCAUGUCAUGUGGGUUAUUUUGAAUACUCAAGUCUUUAUUGAAGUGUUUUGAGAGGUUAGUCAGUGUGUGUAGGUUAGGUAUUUGGUUUCUAAGUUGUCAUUUUUGUGCUUUUAUCAUUUGUUGCUACAUUGUCUCCAAUAAACCGUUCUGAUGAACCAUUCCGAUAA